AUGCCGCCCGAUUGUGCAGCCAUUGCUGGGCGCUAUCCCCAGAAAUUGUGUGUGUUCCGCAAGUAUAAGUAUGCCAUGGCACUCGAAAACUCGAGGGAGAGGGAUUAUGUGACGGAAAAGGUGUACCACGCUCUAUUGAGUGGAGCCAUUCCGUUGUACUGGGGUGCCCCGAACAUUGAGGACUUCCUCCCGUCAGGUCGGCGUAGUGUGGUGGAGGUGGAGCGCUUCAUUCCUGGUCAGUUGGGUGAUGCAGGUUCGGCAGAGAAGGUUCAGGAUGACGGUGCGGGCGCGUUCCAGAAACUUGGGGAGUUCCUGCGGCACCUAGAGACGGACGAUGCGGCGGUCAAGCAGCUUUUUGCGUGGCGUCACGUCAAACGUGCGGAGGAAUGGGGUGAGAAUUUUUUGGAUAACAUGUACCACACGGAUCCGAUCUGCGCACUGUGUGCUGAGGCACGCGAAAAGCGGAGGAAGCUGGGAUAG